AUGGCCAGCUUUACAAGCACUUUUGAAAUGAAACUUGGCUGCAAGUCAAGUUGCACCUCAAGCAAACAAAUGAACAGAAAAGUGGCAGAAGAUCGCCAGGAUUCAGCCCGUGGGAAUGUGAUCCUUUGCUGCUGGCGGGCCGGAUCCCGAGGCUGGGACCUUACAUCCCGUGAUUGCUGGCGCCCGUCCGCGCACAGACCCAUUCCCCGCGGGACCGAGCCCGUUGAACCCGGCGCUAGCGACGCGGGGCGGGGAAGGCAGAAGGGCGUUCCGAGGAGCUGCCCCUUGCUCCGAGGAGCUGCUUCCCGCAGAUCGGCGCUUUCCCGGCCGGCCGGGCCAGUUUCGUUUCCCGCUGGCUCCUCCUCCGCCUCCGCCCGUCCCCUUCGCUGUGCCGCUGGUCCGGAUCGCCGCUCUCAGCCCCCGGCUCUCAGCCCCCGGCUCUCAGCCCCCGGCUCUCAGCUGCCGGCGAUGCUGGGGCGCUGUGCCCCGGGCUCACCGGGCCCCCGGUCCGCGGCCCGCGCCCUGCCGCCCUCCGCCAGCGCCCUCCGCCAGCGCCUGCGCCAGUGUGCAGAACGGAUCCCAGAGGCUGAAGCAGUACUCGACCUGAUGGAGAAAUGCCCAGAGCACCAAAAAAAGGGAUCUUUUCCCGUCAUAGUUUUUGAGGGGCUGGAUGCCACAGGCAAAACCACAGUGACCCAGGCUGUUAAGGACAACCUGAACGGCAUCCUGCUGCGGUCCCCACCAGCCUGCAUCAGCCAGUGGAGGACUGUAUUUGAUGAUGAGCAAACACCCAUUAAAAGAGCAUAUUAUGCUGCAGGCAACUACAUUCUGGCUUCAGAGAUAGCGAAAGCAUCCACUCAGGCACCUGUGAUCAUAGACAGAUACUGGCACAGCACAGCUGCCUAUGCAAUUGCCACUGAAACAAGUGGAGAAAUCCACAAUCUUCCACCAGCUCAAGAUGAGGUGUAUCAGUGGCCUGAAGAUCUGCUUAAACCUGAUCUUGUUCUUCUCCUGACUGUUGACCCUGAAGAACGAGUCCGGAGACUUCAGCAUCGGGGGCUGGAGAAAACAAAGGAGGAAGCUGAGUUGGAAUCUAACAGCUUGUUUCGCCAAAGAGUUGAAGAGUCAUACAGAAGGAUGGCGAAUCCUGCAUGCCAAGAGGUUGAUGCCAGCCCCUCCAAAGAAGAGGUUCUCAAGACUGUUCUACAACUAAUUAAGAAACACUGUGCUUUUUGAAAGCAACUUUUGUGUAGUAGCACUUAAAAGAUACUUUUUAUUGCCCCACUGUUUUGGUAUCUGAAAAUAUACGGUGAUUUGUUUUGUCUCACAGAAAUACUGAAUACAGUUUUAUUCUGUCAACAGUAA